AUGUUUCUCACAUUGUUGCUCUCUAUACCUAUCCUAGUAAUAUGUACGAACGAUGGCAAUAUCCACCUACUAGAGGAAGAAAUCGCAAGCGCAAUUCAUUCCUGUUCACUAGACAUCCCAAAAACCCGUCAACGGAGAAGCGAGGAAUCACGCAUAGAUGGAAACACUAGACAGGAUACGAAUCAAUAUUACCACGAGAGGAGAAGCGGUCAAAACCAGAUGCACGUUCUGAACGGAACAGAUUAUGACUACAUGGGUUACGGAGAAGGCGAUGUAGGUGAGAAGUUCAUCAAGACACUACCACGACCAGCUCUGUCCAACAAUGGGACUAAUAAUAGCGAUAACGCCUUGUAUAGGAAUAAACGAAGCAACUCUUUGAUAAGGCAGAGCGGUACUGAUCAGUGCCUGAGUCAGUGUGUAUUUGCUAAUUUGCAAGUGGUUGAUGCGAAGGGGAUUCCCCGCGAGACCCAGUUGUGGAAUAAGAUACAAACUUCAGUAAACUCGCAACAGUCCAGAACGCUAAUAAGGGACCAACUUCGUGCUUGCUUUCUGGAAUUAGAGUCCGAAACUGAAGAUAAUGGCUGUUCAUAUUCAAAUAAACUAGAGCGCUGUCUAAUGCUGCAACUGACAGACAGAAAUACCGAUAAAAUAAAACAGAGCAAUGAAACCAGCCCCGUAUAA